AUGCUAAUAACUUCUUCGAUCUACCUAGCUCUUAGUUUAUUUACAGACAUGGUGAUGGGCAAUGCUAGUGGCAAAAGUGAUGGAGAAGGCACUUCAUCAUCAGGAGUUAAAUAUGGAGUAGAGGAGGGUUAUGAGCAAGCACAUGGUGGGGUUGCACCCGUUAGAUAUCAUCAUAGUCAGGGUGUGUAUGCAGAGGCACAGCCCAUGGUUCACUCCCCUCCACAUAAUCCUGGGGGAUACUUGCAGCCUCCUCUCUUGUUCACACCACAGGUCCCCAUGGCUCCAUUACUAAGAUCUGGUGAAAUAACUCAUGUGCCGAAUUACACGGAUGUGGUUCCUGAGAAUCCGAGAGCUGUGAUGAUAACAUGGAGUUUUGAAGGCAAGCAAGUAGCUGUGACUGGGUCAUGGGAUAAUUGGAACAGGAGGGAAACCUUGCAGAGGAUAGGUAAAGAUUUCACUAUUAUGAAGACGCUCCCUGCAGGGGUUUACCACUAUCGCUUUAUUGUUGAUGAAAACUUUAGGCAUGUUCCAGACCUACCAUGGGAGUGUGAUGACUCGGGUAAUGCUUACAAUAUUUUGGAUGUGCAGGAGUAUGUUCCAGAAGCUCUAGAAAGCAUGUCCGAGUUUGAAUCUCCUCCUUCCCCAGUUUCAAGCUACAAUAAUGAAUCCCUAAAUGACACUGAUUUUGGUAAGCUUCCACCUGACAUACCUCCACAACUGCAAGUAACACCAUUAAGUGAACAAUCUUCUGCGGCGAAUGGUUACCAAUCUCAGCAAAGGCCUCGGAACUCGGUGUUGAACCAUCUUUAUAUUCAAAACAACCAUGGCGAGCCCGUUGCACUAAGCUCAACAAAUCGCUUUCUCCAGAAGUAUGUAACAGUAGUUCUAUACAAACCCACACGGAGAAUUAAGAUUUCAGUUCAUGGGGAUAGUGAAGUUGAGGAAGGAGUUAGCAUAGGAAAAGGUUGA